AUGAGGAUACGUUUAGCGGCGCAUGAGGAGAAGCUUCCAUCGGAGUUGACUGAAGAGAUACUAUCUCGUGUACCACACUCAUCUCUUGUUCGCUUCACAGCCGUAUCGAAACAAUGGAACGCUCUCUUACACGACAAAACGUUCAUCAAGAACCACAAGACCACGUUUCAAUUCAUCUUAACAACCAAAUCCAAGAUUUACUCGGUAAGCAUCGAUCCAAAGAUAGAUGUGUGUGAGUUAACCUUAGAUGUUCCAUCUUUAGAAUCCAAGAUACCUAAAAUCUUGGUUGGUUGCGAUAAGUUAUUGGUUUGCGGCAUGGAGAGAGGAGCUCUAGUUUGGAACCCAUGCUUGAGACAAAGUAGAUGGAUCGAGCCGGAUUCGGACCAAACUCGACUUGUACCCCUUGGCGUAGGAUACAACUGUAGUGGGAGUUACAAGAUUGUUGCUGCUUGUCCUGGGAAGGAAGAUAAAACCUUGUCCUUGUGGAAAGUCCAUGAGCUUUCCUCCAAUGCGUGGAAAGAGUGUGGGAUAAGUGGUAAUAGAGACGUAGACAAAAUGAACAAGUUACACAAAAAUAAUGGCUGUGUAUCAUUGAAUGGAACUUUGUAUUGGAUUGUUUAUGUUGAUAAGGCCAUUCGCGUUUACAGCGUCGAUAAAUUCGAUUUCUCCACCGGAUAUUCCUACAGAUUCUGUGAUCUACCAUGUGGAACGAAGAACCAUUAUAUGGAUGCUCUUGUCCUUAGAGCUUUUGAGGAAGAUCGGUUUUCAUUGUUAAAGCAAUGCCAUGAAACAAAAAAGAUUGAGGUUUGGGUGAGUAAGUACAAGAUUAAUAAUAGUUUGGAUAGUGAAGUUGUGGAAUGGAUAAAGUUCAUGGAAGUUUCAAGUCCUAACUUAGCCAAUUUGGUAGACACUUUAAUGUCUCAGCCAAGCUACUUCAUCCAAGAUGAAAGACUCGUCGUAUGCUCUUGCGACCAAACUUGUCGGGCUUGUAUCUAUGUUUUCAGGAAAAAUAGGUUGAUCAGUAAAACUCGUAUCGAUCAUGUGGUUGAACCAUAUCCUUUGCACUGUUCAUUUAUUCCGAGUUUGGUACCUGUUCCUCCCGGUCAAAGAGAAGAACUAAAAGAAUGA